CCCAGGAUGAUUUGUCUAUGGAUGGCGAACUCUCUGCCAGCAGUGACAGUCUCAUAGAGAAGUCUUCAAAGGGUGGAGUCGCAGCAAAAAUCCUCAAGAAUCCUUUCACUUCCUCCUCCCAGGAAAAGGACAAGACUGAACACUCAGGAGACUCAAAUGAGAAUACCUCUUCCACAGAGAAGCCCAAAGCCAAGCAGAACGGUCUGAGUGCGAUGAUGAAGAACACGUUCUCCACUGACAGACAGCAGGAGAAGAAUGCUGACACUGAUGGUGAGGAGACAUUGGACAAUGGAGAGGGCCAGCCAGGUCACAAACAGAAUAAACUUGCUGAGGCAAUGACGAAGCUGAAUCCGUUUCGAUCUGCGAACAAAAGUGAGAAGCAGACAGGCUCUGAUGACGAGGAACCACCUGCAAGCAGUGACAAGUCAUCCGGAAACAAACAGAAAGACACUGAAGACACAGAGACGCUCAAGGAGAACGAGAAACAAGUGGAAGGGAAGCUGAAACCGGUCAAAAGCAACAUGAUCCAGCAAGAAAGGAAGGAAAGGAGUGAAACACCACUGGUCCCACCCAGACCAACUGAAGAGGAGAUGAAGAGGACGUCCACAUAUGACAAAGUGAAACCAAGAGGGACGGAGGAUAAUCAGGAUAAAAAGGACAUGAUCUCCAGACAGAAAAAAGAAAAGCCUGCAGAGACUCCUGUAGUUCCUACCAGACCAUCAGAAGAGGAGAUGAACAGAGCACCGACUCGUGGUCUGCAAAAGCAGAAGAACAACCAUCAGAAGCAGUCCGAUGACGAGGGACUCAAACAAGAUGAAUCUGCUGAAUCCAAAGAGGGAGACGAGGUGAACCCUCCUGAGAGCAAAACAACCAAGGUGAAAAAACACAAGCACCAUAACCCCUUUAUGCCACGUGCUGCAGCCAAGGCUGCAUCUGAUGAUGAACAGCUGAAAGAAGAAGAUGAAUCUUCAUCCAAAGAGGAAAACAAAGAUGAGGAGGACAAGGAUAAAAGAGAGGAGACCAAAGUCAAGAAACCUAAGCGGCACAAUCCCUUCAUGCCACGGGUCAAGGGCAAAGUUAUACAGAGGCAUACACAGGACGAAGCUGAGGGCAACAACGCAGAGAAUGAAGGUGGAAACAGGUCCUUGUUUGACCAGCUUGAGGACUUCCGUAUUGACCCAGUGCAGCCUGAAGAUGAUCAGGAUGUGGAUCUUAUGGAGUGGUGGAACACAGUGGAGCCAUGGGAAGACACGCCUCAAGAUGAUGAAAUGACAGAUAAAGAAGAGGCCAAGGCGUUUGCUUUGACGGCUGAAAAGGUGCAGAAGGGAAUCCGCGUCUUCAACAAACUGUUCUCAGAGCGCGCUGAGAGCCUCUGGCAGCAUGUCAUCGACCUCAACGGCAUUGCCGACGCCCUGGACAAGUUCAACAAGAACACGAAGAUCGCUCAAAUCACCGGUGGUUCCACCAGCGCCAUUGGGGGUGUUGCCACCAUCGCUGGCCUCGCUCUGGCCCCGGUCACCCUGGGUACCUCUUUGAUUGUGACGGCGGUGGGAUUGGGCGUAGCCGCGGCAGGCGGUCUGACAUCAGCCGGUGCUGGCAUCUCCAACCAGGUCAACAACUCAAUGGACCGCAAGAAGGUGGAGAAGAUCGUGGAGGACUACCAGGAGAAGAUAGUGGAUUUGAACAAGUGCCUGAAAUUCAUCAAGCAGGGUAUCGAAAACCUGCGCAAAUUUGACCUGCUCAAGAUGAAAAAACAUGCUUAUAAUCGUGACUUCCCAGCGCUCACUAGUAGUUUCUAUGAGGAUGGUGCCAUGGCGGGAAAAGCGAUCCUCAUCAAUGCCAAUGAGAUCAUGCGUGUGGUUCAGAUCGCCAAUGUGGCCGGCAGCACAGCAGCCAGAGCGGUCCAGAUUGCCAGUAUGGCCACAGGUGUGCUCACUGGACUCUUCGUAGGUAUGGACAUCUACUUUGUGGCUAAAGACUCCAAGGAACUGAAGAAAGGGGCCAAGUCAGAGUUCGCUGCCAAAAUCAGGGAGGUGGCAACGCAACUGCACGACGGUCUGGUUGAGCUCAACAGCAUACGAGAGGAGCUGCAGUCCACCACACCAGAGGGCAACAAAGACAAAGAUACAGCUGAUUUGGACAAUGACAAGAAAGAGAAAGAUGAUCAAUAUGAGAGUUCAGAUGAAGAUGAAAUCGACCGCAUUAAAAAAGCCAUCAAAAAGGACAUUGAGAACCGAGAAUAUGUUUGACCGAAAAAAAACAGUUCCCAGUGCAAAAAGUUUUUGAAAGUACCGACUCAAACUACAAUCAGAUGUAUUCUGAAUGUCCACAGAGGAGACUUCACUACAUACAGCUUUCUAAAGCCUCUGGCUUUCUCUUUUAGGGAACUGACUGCUUGAAAUCUGAUCAGCAUUAACACUACGGGGAGGAACUGGAGUUUUGUGGUAGAUAAAGUAUCAUAUGUUUCUCAGGCAGGUGUGCCAAUGCGUGAAAUUGCCAUGUUUUUUUUUUGUUUUUUUUUUAGAAAGUGGGAUUGAAGGAUUUAAAUAAAUCAUGUAUUAGUAUACUAAUACUGUUUUAGAUUAAUUAAAGAAAUAUGCACAAAGUAUUUUCUAGACUUAACCAUUUAGAUUUUAAAGUGUUGCUUAGUUUCGUCAAUGUUUAUUGGUUCAUAUUGAAACACUGGGGCUUUUACUGACCAGUUGUAGAGAUUGUGUAUACUCCUAGGGACAAGUGCCUUUAUUAUUUAUAAUGCCUUAGAAAUACACUGAUGCAGCGUAGCAGGGUCUGAUUCCUUGAGUUGUUAUUUGGGUGUCAGGGCUGCAGUGAAACCAUUUCCUGACAUCAUAUGGGUUGCAUCAACUGUUCAUUAGUCAAUCACUGAUUUCGAGUGCUAAGUCCUUAGUCCUUGCUAGCUACAAGCGAGUGCAAAGCCAGUGAUUCGCUAAAUUGGGUUGUGCCAUUAAAACUUACAGAGUGGGGGUGCCCCGGUGGCUCACAUGGUAGAGCGCGUACCAUGAAGGCUUAGUCCUAACUGCGGUGGCCCGGGUUGUGUUUUCUCCUAGUUCACGUUAUUAUUAAACAGCAUUUUGAUCAAGUGUGAAGUCAGAUAUAUCUCCUAUAUUCUACAUUACUUCUGAAACCUUUCAGUCUAAACACGGUCAUAUUAGGAAGCUUUGUUCUGUUAGCUAGGCAACAGUAACACCUGCAGCCACUUGGUGUUAGUGUUAAGUUGUAACUAAUCCAUACAUGAGAAAGAAUUUUGUGGGGCAGUGUGUUUUAAUUUAGUCAUGUUCAUGUCAUGUUCUUUGUACACAAAGUAAAAUAAUUAAACAAGCUCCCAAGCACAUGUUGGUGCAACUGGCUAAGCCAUUGGUUUUGUAUCAUGUUUUCUGUUAUAUUAGAUGCUUUCCAGGUGUAAAAAAGAUCCUUAUUAGAUGACUGGAAUGACACUGUAAAGAAACCAGCCAGUACUGACUCAACCUUUAUUAGAGCAAGCUCCGACGAUGAAUGAUUAAUGAACUUCAUAUUUAUUUUUCUGUCUUAUUCUGGGUUGAACUGGUUAUUCGGUGACACUUUUUUAUGUGCAAUAAUACUGUAGAACUUCAUGUGUAAGAAAUGUAAAAUGUAAAAAUUGUCAUUAAAAAG